AGCCAGCUGCACACUCUUGAGCAGCUGACAGGCGCAGAGACCAGUAGAGAGAGGACCCUGACGCACUAGAACCAAGAUCCGCGGACUUCGUGUUGGUUCAGGACCCUUUCCAUGAUAGAGACCUCCUAACCUCAUCUGGGUCUGCACUGGCUGCUGCUCCACUCCAUCCGCAGCAGGCAAGCCAUUAUGCAUCUAAUCAGAGCAGUAUUUUAAGCUUACUCUCCAAGCAACAUUUCUGCAAAAGCAGUGCAAGCUGGUGAGAGACGUCUGCUCCGGACCCUAAAGAGUCUGGAGUCCUUCCCAGCGAAUUGUCUCUCACCCUGCGGAGCACGCCAGCUCAAUUACUGGAGAAGGAGGUUGGUCCUUGCCACCGCCCUCCCCUCCUGUCUUCAGUAGGAGCGGAGAAGAGGAGAUCUGCUUCAGUGCGCACGGGAGUGACCAAGUGCAGCUGGCUACCAGGGCAGCGACCUGGACGCGGGUCCUUUCCUCCUCCCGCGGCUACGGCCGCCCUGUGCGCGCUGAGCCCAGCGCUGGACCAUCCCGGCAGGGCCCCGCGGGUGACAUCACUCCUGAGAUACUCGCGCUCUGGUCCUUGCCUUCACAAAGCCUCUAUCAGUGUGUUUGUGGGUCUCUGGAGAGGGCUUCCUGGGAAGAGAGGAGGACGUUGAGCGGCGACCGACCAGACCAGAAGAGGCAAAAGACCAGGAGAGAGUGAAGGAGUACCCCAGAAGGCGGCGACAUGAAAUUCAACGCGGCACACUACCUGCUGCCCCUGCUGCCUGCACUUGUCUUCAGCACCAGACAGGACUAUGAAGAGCUAGAGAAGCAGCUGAAGGAAGUCUUUAAGGAACGCAGCACAGUCCUGCGGCAGCUGACAAAGACAUCCAGAGAAUUGGAUGGGAUCAAAGUCAACCUUCAGUCUUUGAAAAAUGAUGAGCAAUCUUCCAAAAUGGAUGUUCAGAAGCUUCUGGAGUUAGGCCAGAAACAAAGGGAAGAAAUGAAAUCUCUCCAGGAGGCCCUGCAGAAUCAACUUAAAGAGACAUCGGAGAAAGCAGAGAAACAUCAGGCCACAAUUAAUUUUUUGAAGACUGAAGUGGAAAGAAAGAGCAAAAUGAUCCGUGACUUACAGAAUGAGAAUAAAAGCUUGAAAAAUAAAUUGUUGUCAGGAAGCAAGCUGUGUGGGAUUCAUGCAGAAGAGUCGAAAAAAAUCCAAGCCCAACUGAAAGAGCUCCGUUAUGGGAAGAAGGAUUUGUUAUUUAAGGCCCAACAGCUCACCGAACUGGAACAAAAGUUAGCUGUAGCCAAAAAUGAACUUGAGAAAGCAGCUCUUGACAGGGAAUCACAGAUGAAAGCAAUGAAAGAGACUGUACAGCUCUGCUUGACAUCAGUUUUCCGUGAUCAACCUCCUCCUCUCAGUCUCUUCCCAUCAAAUCCAACACAGAUGUUACAUCCAUCCAGGACAAUUGCUUCCAAGAUUCCAGAUUCGAGGACAAAAAGCAAGCUGACUAUCAUCAGAGAUUCAGUGGCUUCCUCCGCACACACUUUGAUUUGGUCUACAGAAACAGCUUGGUGGUCUCUAUGUGUUAAUAAACUCAGAUAGCCUGAAAGAGAUGUUGGAGAAGGAGUUUUGUACCAGGCAGUGCUCUGGAAGGAGUAGCCUCCCUAGUCAUUUGCCAUGAGGAUGUAUCAUGCACAGCCAUGAUGCCACGAGAUGUAUCAAUGCACAGCCAUGAUGCCACGAGGAUGUAUGUCAUGCACAGCAGGCUGACUUAGACAGGUAAGGUCUAAAGACACUUGAGCCACAGGAAUACAGUGGAACACUGGGCUGUACUACAGAUGAGCUUAAUUCCUGUUUAUUUCUUAUUGUUCUUAUUCUGGCAUUGCUACUUGCAGUUGUGGGCAUAAAAGAUUUAGUAGUUUAUGUAACCUUGUGAUAUAUCAGCAUACUAUCUCAUAAAAAAUUCAUGAAAUUGCAUUUCCAUUGUUUCAUUUUACCACCUUUGCCCUAAUUGUGUGUUGAAGAAUACUUAUAAUUUCAAAGUAAAUGUUUUCCAUACAUUGUUUCCUGUUUUUUUUUUUUUCCUGAAAAUUCUAGGUUCAAAAUAGUGGAUUAUUUGUAACUCAAACAAUAGAAGCACAUGAAACUGUACUGUUCUGUUCAUCAGAGGAGGUACUCAGAAAAUUUCUUGAAAUGACUAAACACAUGCUCCCCCACACAAUCUCACACUGAUGAGCAAGCCAUGGCCUGUUUCCUCUAUGUCUGGGGCAGAAGCAAAUGUCAUCUAAAACCGAUGACUUCCAGCCAAGUAUCCCUCAAUUCUGUGAGCAUGUGACUUUUGUCUCCAGCUCAAACUAUAUUGCUUAAAUGAAUUAUUAGAACUAGGAUCUUUAUGACCUUGGAUAUAUUGAGGAAAUUACUGAGGGUUGUUUUUAUUGAUUUUCUAGAAUUAAAUGUAUUUUCUUUCAUCGAAAUUAAUAAAUACUUAUUAUCUGUCUUGGUUUAUCACAGAAGAGAGCAAGGAGAAUUUAACCAAGAAGAUUUCAGAUUGCUUAUUUUUCAAAAAACAAUAAUAAAAAAAGUCCAAUUGUUUAAGAUGAAUUUCAAUAAAUCUAGGCUAAUGUAAUCUGCAGUAUUGUGUUUUAGAGAUUAGCAUUAAAAGCUUGUCUAAUGUUUAUGUUUUGUCUGUGUUAUUCAUCUUUUUAAUAGUGGCAGAAAUUGUGUUUUAUGUGUGCUCAGGGCAUAAUCUCUAUCCAGGCACCUAGCAGAUAAUAUUGUUCUUAGUCCUGAAUCGUAUAACAUGGUGUAGCGUAUACAAGAAAAUCAAACUCAUCAGUCAUGAGAGACUUUUUCUCUGUAAAAGAAAAGUAACAUGCUUUGUGUAUGAAGGUAGAGCCUGAACACAGGGCCUUGCAAAUGUUCUCCUAAGGAUCUGGAGUCUCAAUCCACACAUAGUUUGUUUGGUUUUUGUGUUUAUUUGAAGCAGGGCCUCAGUACCUAGCCCUGCCUUGCUUGAAACUCUCUCCAUAGACUAGGUUGGCCUUGGAUUCAUAGAGAUCUGAUGGUCUUUCCUCUUGAGGCUUGGCCCACGUGUAAUGUGGGGAUCUAACAAAGCAAGUCCACAUAGUUUAUCUGGUAGUUAAAAGGAGGUUUAUUUUGGGGGUAACUUACAGCCAGCCAGUAAAGUGGUUGGUUACAGGAUCUGGGAGAGGUGAGGUGCAGUCCAGCAUGGUUCUCUGGAGAACUCUUGAUUUGGUCUGCGAUCCGUCAGAUCUAGCAAAUCCAGCAUCCAGGAUCACUAGGAGCCAAGAGGGCCUGCACAUGCAGAUCUCAGGUCUUAAGAGCUCCUGUCUCAGCCAUGCCCCAGGGACAGGUGUGGCAGUUACCGGCUGCCUCACUGGGGGAUGCUUCAAGGUCAAAGCUGGAACAGCUCCCCACUACACACAUGUACUUUUUAAAUUAGCACAUUGAGCUGGUUAAGUGUUAGAAAGAGUGGGUUGUAGCCCAUGAAGUGCUGUACCUGACACAGCUGCCUGAGAGUCAGUCUACUCUGUCCCUUUGGAAUUCUGUCUUCUCGGGGGAUCUGCGACAGCUGUGGUAAUAUGAGCACUUAAAACAGGGUUCUGUCUUCCAUGCUACUGCACCGUUUUCAUCAGUUACAUCUGUUUUCAUUUAACAUUUUUAUUUUUAUUUUAAACUUGAAACAUAAUGUACAAAAUGAUGUCUUUCAUGUUUACGUUUCCAUACGUGUAAGUUUUGUGUGUUGUUAAUCGCACAUCAUAAUCCUCCUCCCCCUCCCUCUUCCUGUGAGUCAUCCAUCUCCAAAAAGCCUUUACCCAUUUAUCUCUAUUUAUAGCUGUAUCUACAUAUCUGUAGCAUUUGUCGGUCUAGCUAUCUACCAUUAUUACCACCAAUCUAUCAUCUACAAAUCAUCUAUCUACCCAUCUAUCUAACAUAUCAUCAAACACUCCAUCAUUAUCUAUACAAUAUUUGAGAGGUAAAAAUGUGUUAUUUUUCUUACUAGGCCUAGCUUGUUUUGUUUAACACAAUGAGUUACAGUUUUGUACAUUUUCCUGAUGAUAAUAUAAAACUGUUUUCUGUGGCUUAGUGACCCUCAUUGUGUUUAAGUACCACAUAUUCUUUUGAUGUUCAUUUGUUGAUUGGCAUUUAAAUUAUUUCUGUAUCCUGACUACUGUGAUUAGUGCUAUAAUGGAUGUGAUGCUUGUUCAUUCCUGUAGUAUUUGGACAUCACUCAUGCUUCUCUAUAGUUAUUUGGACACAGUCCUUCGGGUGUAUACCAGGAGAGUUGUGCUGGUUUCAACUUCAUGAGGAAAUCCAUUCUUAUUUGCAUAUAAUGGCUGCAUAUUUUAUAUUCCCACCAGUAAGGAAUAAAGGCUCUUUCUUCAUAUUCUUGCCAGUGUUGUUUGAUUCCCAGAUUAAAGUCAUUCUGACUGAGAUGGACUCUCUAUGCAGAACCUUUAAAAAAUAUUUUGAGCAUGUAUAUCUCUCUCCUUUUUUGAGAGCUAUCUGUUUGAUUCAUCUGUAUGUUUAUUUUUGAGAAUUAAUUUGUUGAUUUCUUUAUAUAUUCUAGAUAUUAAUCCCUCAUUAAAUUAACAUCUAUCCAGGACUUUCAUUCUGUUAGCUGUCUCCUCACUCUGUUAAUUGUUUUCUUUGCUGAACAGAAAGAAACACUUCUAUUUCAUGCAGUCUCAUUUGUCAGUUGUUGACUUUAUUUUCUGGGCUGUUUGGGUUCCUUUUCAGACAGUCUUUGUCUAAGAAUCUGUCUUGAAAUGUUUUCUCAUGACAAUUUUGAAGCAUUAGGUCUUACAUUACGCUUAUUGUUCCAAUUGGGAAGUUUUGUACGUGGUGAGAGACAUUCUUGAGCAUCUAAAUAUCCAUUUUUCUCAGCACAAGUUUUGAAAGGGCUGUUUUUUUCUCUAAUGUAUGCUUUUGAUAUCUUUAUUGAAAACAAACCGCUUGUCACUGUAUGGAUUUAUUUUUAAGUCUUCUGUUCUCUUCCACUGUUCUACUUACCUGUUUUGGUGUCAGUACUGUGCUCGUUUUGUUCCUAUGGUUCUGCAGAACAGUUUGAAUAAAGUCUCAUUUUUAUCUUCUUUUGCUCUGUAUUGUUUGUGGUAUUUGGAAUAAUCUAUACUUGUAUAUUAAUUUCAGCAUUUCCUCUAAUUCUGAGAAAUGUCACUACAGUUUUCAAUCAAGAUUUGCAUUCAACCCAUCAAUCACUUUCACUUUCAGUAACAUAGCUAUUUGAACAAUAUUAGUUCUGCUGAUCCUUGGCCAUGGGAGCACUCUGCAUCCUCCAGUGUCCUCUUCCACUCUUUCUUCAAUCUUUCACAGUUUCCAUUUUAGACUUCUUUCCACCUUGGUUAUAUCUAUGCCUUGCUAUUUUAUUUUUCUCUUGAAACUAUUAUAGAUGUGAUUUUCUUCCCAAUUUCCUUCUCAGCCUUUGAAAUCUUCCUUAGUGGUGUUUUGUGCAGCUCUCCCUGAAAUUUGUGAGACACAUCUAAAAUAACAAUUUUAAGCCUGUACAUAGAAAAAGACAAAAGUAGCUCAAGUGGUAACAUUUGAUAUUACUUUAUUCCUUCUAGAAGAUUCAUGAUGUAAACCUUCUGAUUUUUCUAUCCAAGUGCUUGUGUAUGUAUGCUGUAUGCACAUAUAUUGUGUACAUGUGAUACAUAAAUAUAUGUUUAUGUAUUUUGAAGCCAAGUGUUAAUUACACUACUACAGACCUUUAAGUAAUACUGGAGAAAAUUUAUAAAAUAAUUUAUAUGCUUUCUCAUCAUUUUGUACUCAUUCCCUUGGCUACUAUUGCUAUAUUAGCCAUUAGUCCCACAGUGCAUGCCUGCUCUACAAUGUUCCUAUCAUCACCUGUACUGCAGCAUGCCUGCUCCAUGAGCCCUUAGUCCCACAGAGCAUGCCUGUUCUACAGUCCUCCUGUCACUUGAGUUUCUCCUGAGCAGAUGCAGUUAGGCUUCCUUACCCUCUAUCAUUACAUCCUCCAAAGUUGUUAAUUCUUCAUUCUGUCUAACUUGAGUGCAUUUUUUCUACCUUCUCAGGAAGAUAUUUUUAUGCCUCCACUGCAAGGAACGCAGAGAUCUUGUAGCUCACACCUGGGUCUGUCUUGUUCUCAGGAAGGUGACUGGGCUUAUCUUCUUCAUCAGUCUGGCAUGGUCUUUUCAGAGAAUUAACUUGAAAUGGAAUUUAAUGCAUGUUUAUUUUCUUACUUGAUGUAGUUUUGGAAAAUAUGUAUCAUUGAAUAUUGCCUUCAACUAAAUUUCCUUCUACACAUACACUAUGAGUGUGCUAGAUUCUGAGAAAUAUUUGAAGGCAUGGAUGUGCACAAGGCAGAUG